UUACUCGUUUUCGCUGUCGUUACGCUACAGAGAUGAUGUUUUCUUACCAGGAUUCAAACAUGUGCAACACGGUGAGGAAUGAAUGAUAUUUGAACUCCAGUAUGGCUUUAUCUCAGGAGUUUGUCGACCAGCAUACACAUCCCCUAUCCUUCACUAGACCACAAUGGCAGUUGGAUCUACAAGGAGCCUUGUACGAACUCGACCUCAAAAUGUGUCAGUUGAAAGCCCUAACAUACAAUUUCAGUUGGGCUAAAGACAGUGCUGGAGCUACGUCAGACCUACAGAGGAGGAUCAUAAAGUUGGAUUUAUCUCUUAAUGAGCUCACAUCACUGGAACAUGAAGGCUUAGCACCAUUCAAAAAUGUCAGAGAGCUCAAUGCAUCUCUCAACAGGAUAACCAAGUUUGCAGGAGUGGAGGUGUUUAAGUUCCUGUACACACUAAACUUGUCACAUAAUUCCAUCAAACGAGUGGAGAAUAUGAUUGCCAUUCCAUCUCUAGUAGAGCUUAACCUGAGCAUGAAUGAGCUUAGGGAUAUCUCCCUUUUGCCAAGUCUCAUCAACCUGGAGAUCCUUAAUAUCAGCAAUAACAAGUUAGAAUCUCUAGACGGCAUCCAAGGUCUUCCAAAGCUAAAGGAGCUGUAUGCCCAGCGUAAUGAAAUAAGACACAUUUUACCAUUGACCGGCUGUUUCCACCUCCAGGUGUUGAAUGUGUCUAGUAAUAGUAUACAUGUGUUACACACAGUGGUGGGUGUCCUCUCACAGCUCAAACAACUCGAGGUCCUCAACAUGCAUGGCAAUGUUGUGGAGAGAGAUCCCAUGUAUCAGAAUGAUAUACUAAAGAACAGCAGUGUAAUGACACUUGAUAACAUUCCAAUUCGACCGCUUCCACGACAGCCAGUGCCAAGUUAUGACUCAAGUGAUGUGAAGCACAAAAAGAACAUCGAAUCACUGAAGCAGGCUGCCCAGCAGGCAUUCGAGGAGAGGAUGAGGGAAUCAAAACAAAAUAUGCAAGAAAAUGUCAGAUUUCUUCAAAAGAGGAUCAUGGACCUUCAGGAUGAGUAUUCUGCAUAUGAUGCUAAACUUCGCAAUGACUUGGAUGCAUGUUUAAGGUACCUUGACUCCUUAAGUAUUCCUGAUCUCAGUGAUAUGGACAAGGCCAAAUUAAGAGAUGAAAUUGCUUCACCAAGUGACGGUAGAUUCUGGCAUGGUGGCAGAAGAAGCAGAAGACAUCAACAGAAGACAGACUACAGUGACAUUAGGAAGACAGAUGAAUUACUACGCUUUGCAAAGCAUGAAUUGGGAAAGAACCCAGAUUAAGAAAGAGCAGAACCAAGAAACAAGAGGGUGUGGAAAAGACUAUUCACACAUACAGAAAUCUCUUCAAUCCGUCCAUAUGUUGUCCUUAUAUCUACCUUCUACAUUGUUGUAUUGAAGUUGUGAUCAUAGUAAUGAAUGAUGUGCGAGAUUGAUUUACUGAUCAAAGUUGUGUCUGAAAUGGGCAAAUGACAUUAUAAUUUGCAGUUACCCCCAGUGGUAGGUUUACAUGAAAAGUCAUUGUCGGAUCUGUCCCUCAUAGUCAGCCACUUUGUUACAGACGUUUGUAAGUAAAGCAAACAUAAUAAUGAA